AGAAGACGCCAGUAGCGCAGGCACGUCUGAGGAGGGCGGCGAUCCCUUUUGUUUCUUUCCCCUCGUCAGUGAAGUUCGACUUGAAGAAAUAAAAUAAAAAUAAGCACACACAUCAUUUGAACGUGGAAGGAAGUUCGAAAUGGACCCGUUUACGGAGAAACUUCUGGAGCGCACUCGUGCCCGCCGGGAGAACCUUCAAAGAAAGAUGGCAGAGAGGCCGACAGCUGCGAAUAGGCUGAUGGCUAAAAGGGUCAGAGAGCCGCUGACGGUAGUCAACAGUGUGAGCGAGGUGGCCUUGGACAACGUCUUGGCUCCUCCUCCUUCCAGCAAGCCUUCUCCAUCCAAGCGAAGGUGUUCUGAUGAGAAGGAGCUGUCUAAGGUGGGUGUGGAGAACAGAGAUCUGCCAGUGGCCGUAUCCCAGGAGCCGGCGAUAGAGAAGAAACCACCACCUGGCCCCGUCUCUGUCUCCUCUACAUCCUCACUGGAGAGAAACGCAGUGCAUUUGGUGGUAAAAACAGUGGAAAGCAGGGAUGCAAGCCAGCUGCCUCCUCCAGCAGUGGUGGAGGUGAAGAAAGACCACCCCAACGCUACACCCCAGGGAUCUGCUGGCAUUAGAUCACGUCUUCAGAUGCUGGCUGAGCAGAGGCAGUACUGGGACACUGAUGAUCCUUCAGAUGCAGUUGUGAACAGUGUACCUAUUUCAUCAGUGAAGAUUGAAAGACAGGAAGUAACCCUUGCUCCCACAUCCUCUGAGACCCCCCUGGGAAGGAAGGGGCGACUGGCAAACCUCGCAGCCACCAUUGGCUCUUGGGAGGAUGACCUCGGGCAUCCGUCUGUACGCGGAGACAAUGCACAAGAGCAGCCUGGCACUGCCUGUCCUCCCCCGGCAGCCCAUGGAGCCGGAACCUCCGGUGUCAGCACCCAGCCCAGCAGCUCAUCAUAUCGUCCUCAGCCUGGCCAGCAGUCGAUCUGUUCAUCUGUGAAGUCAACUGGGGUGAUUCUGCCAAGCCCUCAGAAGGCCGAAGUACCACCGUGCAAGUCUGCCUUGCCCCCCAGCCUCCAGCAAACCUCCUCUCAGGCCCAGAAGAUUUCCAACAGCCCACAAAAGAGUAUUUCGUCUGUCGUGCCUACAGCACUGGUUUCAGAGAAGGACCUCCCCUCCAGUCCAAAGAAAACAAGUCCGGCUUUGCUGGCAGCAGGUCGGCCCUCUUCCCAGAGUCCUUUGAAGAGCCAGCUGCCAGCCCAAGGCACUCAUCCCAGCCCUAAGAAGCAAGAGCCCCUUACCAGAUCUCUGGCAGUGAGGCCGGCUGUUGCCCAGUCUGGAGAUAAGACACCUUUGCAGUCGAACGCCUCCUGUGGAGCUACAGGGGGCUCUGUUAAGUCUUUCCUGGAGCGCUUUGGGGAGCGUUGUCAGGAGCGUUCGGUCCCAAACACCCCCACGGGCCAGAGGACUCCUGCACCAGGUCAGCUCGUAAACCCCAGGACCAGGCUAGCCCAGGAGAGGCUGCAGAGUGCUGCUCAGUCAGCCACCUCGUGUGCCAGUCUCAGUCAGAAGCAGAAGCUGGAGCGAGAGAUCGAACUUGCCCAGAUCCGCAAUCGGUUCCAGAAGGGCAAUAUGUGGAAGAGGAGUCCACAGGCAGACACUAAGCCAACAGCACAUCCAGCAGUCAGCGGAGUAGCAGAGCCCCACACUGAGAAGCCAAUAGUGCCUCCUGUGGAAACACUGAUUACUGCAGAAAAGGCCAGCACUACUGAGUCACUUUCCAGUGUGGAUGCCCCUGUCCCAUCAACCAACAGUCUGCAGGGAGCUGAGCUAUCAUCUGAAAAAACUUCUGAAGACCAAGAAGAGCAAGCUGGGCUACAAGAGACUGAGAUGAACAUCGAUGAUGUCAACAGUUCAGAAGUCAUCAACAAGCUCUUCCAUGGAGUCCUGGAAGACAGUGGGCAGCCAGGUGUUGAGGAUGAUGAUGAUGAUGAUGAUCAGGGUGAGAGUGAUGAAGAUGCCCUGAAUAUCUCUUCCAUGUCCCUGCUCACUCCCCUGGCGGAGACGGUGGCUGCAGUCGUGAGGAGUCCAGAGCUGAAACUGACCUCUACCCCAUCAAGUUCCUUCAUGGAAAAGACUCGGACCCCUGACAGUGCCUCCCAGCCCAGCAAGUUCCAUAGGGCUCGGAUGCGUCGUUCCCGCUCGUCUGACAACUUUGAUCUUGCUGAGGAAGACCAGCACUUGCCAUACAGCAUUGAUGCAUACAGAUCGACUAGGAUUAAGGAGAAAGAGCGACCACAUGUGAAACAGGUAAUAGUGCGGAAGGAGGAAGUGAAACAGAGGGCGGAGGAGGUUUGGCACAACAAUUGCGUGAACAUCAAGCAGAAGAUCAAGGUCCUGACGAAUGAGAUGAACUUGCAGCAAACAGUGAUUCACCAGGCCAGCCAGGCCCUUAACUGCUGCACUGAUGAGGAGCAUGGCAAAGGCUCACAGGUGGAAGCUGAGGCAGAAAAGCUGCUGCUCAUAGCCACUGAGAAGAGAGUGGCGCUAAAGGCAGAACUUGACCGACUGAAGGCCGAGGGCUUGUCGGAUCAGCGGAAUGGGCCCAAUUCCUCCAGCGUUCGGGAUGAGGGCAAUGUCUCCGCCACCAAGGGCUCAAUCACCCUGCUUGAACUUCGUCUUCCUCUUAAGGCUGAAUUUGUAUGUUCUGCAGCCAAUAAACCAGAGACAGCCAACUAUUUUUUCUUCAUCCUAAUUCGUGCGGGAGCAGAGAACAUAAUGGCCACAUCCCUGGCGAGCACUCGCAGCACCCUUAGCGGCGAUGCCAUCUCAUUUUCCUCCACCUUUACAAUACCAGAUGUUUCCAGUGACUUUGAAAUCAACCUGGAAGCCUAUUGUUUGGUGCAGAAACGUGACUUGUACCCAGACAAGAAGAAGAAGCCCAGCAAGUCGAAGGCAAUAACACCUAAGCGACUCCUGACCUCCAUCGCUAAGAGCAAUGUUCAUACUCCAGUGAUGGCCAGUCCAGGGGGGCCUAAUGCAGUUCGUACUAGCAACUUUGCUCUUGUUGGAUCACACAAACUCACUCUGGCCUCAAUCGGGAAAAACAAGUUUCCCCUGGAGAAGAUCAGUUAUGAAGGGGGCGAGCGGGAACUGCUCAGUGAAAUGUUUCUGCACAAGGUUCCGUUCCUGUGUCCUCUGGAGGGACAUGUGUGCCUGAAGCUGCAGUGUGAGGUAGACUCACAGGUGGAAGAAAGGGGCUUCCUGACAAUGUUUGAAGAUGUCAGUGGGUUCGGGGCCUGGCAUCGCAGAUGGUGUGUCCUUUCCGGCUACUGCAUCUCCUACUGGACGUACCCAGAUGACGAGAAGCGUAAGAACCCAAUUGGCCGCAUCAACUUGGCAAGCUGUACAAACCGGAAGGUAGAACCAGCAAACCGGGAGUUCUGUGCCCGGCCCAACACCUUUGAGCUCAUCACCAUCAGGCCACAGAGAGAGGAUGACAAAGAGACUCUGGUCAGCAGAUGCAAGAACACCAUGUGUGUCACCAAAAACUGGUUGAGUGCAGACACAAAGGAUGAGCGGAAUCUCUGGAUGCAGAAGCUCAACCAGGUCCUGUUGGACCUGCGCAUGUGGCAGCCUGACUCCUGCUACAGGCCUAUUUAAAUCUUUGUCCUGCUGGAUUGGAAGGCAAAACAUACCGUCUGACUCAUCUUCCUGGAAGUAACCUUAAUGCUUAAAAGUGCAAUGCUAUAUAGACAAGUUCUUAUAAAUGGGUUUUUUAGACAGUGGAUUCUGAACCUAUCCAUUUAUUGGGAAAUGUUAAUUAAGCCAUAUUUUUUGUUCAGACAUUGAGAUGGCAAUUAUGAGGCUUGGGUAGUCUAAUUCUGAUAUUUUUUUGUCUAUUGACAAAUGCCAGAUCACCAGUCUCUUCACCUUUAAUCAACAUGCUUUUGGGUUUUUUUUAAAUUUUAAAUAGGUUUGAGUUGCUACUAAACUGCAUAGCACUACUACUGAAAUUACAUGGUUUUCAGUCAAUAGUUUCAAAUCUUAUCUUC